UUAGAUAUUUGCCACGUUGCUGUAGAGACGGCGGCCUUAUAACGCUGCUCCCACGCCGGGGCGAUGCACUUCACCCUCCUGCACACACGGCGGUAGGCGGCGGUCGAGCUGCCCCACUUCUCACACACACACACACACACACACACACACACCGGUGUGUCGGGUUUCGCACAGGUGGAGUCGUCGCUCGCCCCGCGGCUGUCAAAAUGUUAACUGACAUGAUAUUGGAGGAAGAGUUUGACAAGAGCGCGGAGUCCUGGCACCACCCGCAGGACCUCGAGCACGAUCUCCAUUUGGCAGCAGAACUGGGGAAAACCCUGCUGGACAGGAACCAUGAGCUGGAGCAGGCCCUCCAGCAGAUGUACUCCACCAACCAGGAGCAGCUGCAGGAGAUCGAGUACCUCGCGAAGCAGGUGGACCUGCUGCGUCAGAUGAACGACCAACACGCCAAAAUGUAUGAGCAGCUUGACUCGGCCGCCAGGGACCUGGAGCAAGGCAACCGGAGACUAGUGCAGGACAACCGCCUGGCCCAGCAGAGGAUCCACAGUCUAACAGAAACUGUUGACGGUCUUCAGACCAACAUGGACGAGCUGCAGACCCAGGUGGACGAGCUCAAGGCGUCCCAGGCCGAGAGAAAGAAAAGAGAGCUGUCAGAGCAGCGACGCAACCUCGGAGCACAGAGCGUGUCCUGUCUCAAAGAGCUCUACGACUUACACCAUGACAGGCACCUAUCCCAUGAUGCUCUGCGUGUGGACGGACUCUGGUCACCUCAGGGCUCUUUCUACGGCCGAGACAGAGGCCAAGACCCGGAGGAGGAGAAUGCGAGUCUCCAGCGAUCCGUCCAGACCCUUCAGGUCCAGAUAGCUGUGGAGCGAAGCCGCAGGGAGGCAGCAGAGCGGGAGAGUGAAAUGACUGCCAGUGAGAACGAAGGCCUGGAGCAGCGGCUGUCCCUGCUGUCGGGCUGCUGGGCCAGGCAGAAAGAGCUGGAGGCUGAAGUGGAGCAGCUGCGGCAUCUGUGGCGCGCCGACUGUGCCAAGAGCAGGCCAGACCAACUUCUGUUGCCUGAAACGGUAUUCUUUGCCUCAGAAGAAAAGCCCAGCCUGGUGCAGAGCGACAUGGAGGAGAAGGUAGAGAAUGAGGAGCAGGGACGAUACAGGCGACAGAGGUGUAACAGUGACAGCGUCCUGAGAGCAUCAAACCCAGAUGAGAUCCGCCGUGGUCACGAGCAGCUGUGCGUAAGACGAGCAGAGGCGGUCAAACAGAAGGGCAUCUCUCUGCUCAAUGAGGUGGAUGCACAGUACAGCGCACUGCAGGUGAAAUAUGACGAGCUCCUGCAGCGAUGCCAUCAGGCCACAGACGGACUCAGCCAUAAAGCCGUCCAGACAUCUCAUUGCCCCCCCGCGAGCAAUCGGACACGCCGCCGCCGGUCCAGCACAGCUUUGUCUGAUCUGACACUGGUGCUGGAGGAUGGCCAACAGCCUGAGUACAAAGCUCUGUUCAAAGAGAUCUUCACCUGCAUCCAAAAGACCAAAGAGGACCUCGGCGAGAACAGUUGUGCAGACAGGGACACGACUUCCCAUAGCUCUGCCCAUUGAUGGCAUUAAUCGUCAUCCUGAGACACGGGACUUGCAGUCGUUUGUGUCUCUCAAAGUUUUUAAUUCAGGGGAAACUUUGUGGUGACUUUGCAGUAAUAAUAUCCAGAGAGUGCAGCUGCAUUGAGCACACUCAGUCAUUGUGCGUCUUAGACACGCUGCAAUCCUCUUAUCUCCUGUCAUGUUGACCCACCUUUACUUUUGUCAGUCAGCACUGUCCCUUUAAUAACGUCCAUUUAAAAAAAAGAGGUGUUAAAAAAUUUGUUAAUGUAAAGCAGCUGUAAGAUUUGACGCAAGAAUACAUUCCAAAGUCCAACUGUUGAUAGUAAAGAUGUGUUGUAUAAGGAGAUAUCUUCAUUUCAAUGAACAUGCACUAGUACUAAGUAUUAUGUCCAACUGCAACAGUAUUCAGAGAAAAAACACACACAUUGAAUAAUGUUUGUGAUGAGAAAAGUUGAACAUGCAGUUGUUAUGACUUAUGUAAACAGAAAUGUUGGAAUGUUGUAAUAGGAUUAAAAGCUGUAGCCAUGCAAUAAUUUAAGACUCAGGAGUUUAUGAUAAUUAGCUCAACAGCUAGUUUGAGUUGGUUUUUGUAAGUUGGCUAUAGUUUCAUCAGUUGAGGGUCAUUAGAAUGUCACCAGAGAAAUUUCUGUGGAAAGAUUGUUUGUUAUCGUCUGUGCGUCCUGUUUCCUGUCUGCGCAGCUUGACCUGCGACGAAUGUCUUUAUACCAUUAUUACACAUAACAGCCCUGCACUUUUUUAGGACUGAAUAGCUUUUUCUGUUUAUUUAUUUUUCUAAUAAGUUUAGAGAGGAUGAAAUGUUAUUUAUUUUCUUCAUUGCUAAAUGUCUAGAGCAGAUUGUUCAGUCGAGUGUGACUGAAAGUGAAAUCAAAUGUACACUGAGGUGCUUUUCUGUGGUUGUAAAUAUUCUGUCUGACACAGGUGAUUGGAAAAAUAAUGAUAUACAGAUAAUACAGAGGUAAAUGGAAUGCACAAAAGAAAUGUUACCUUGAUUAUAAACAAUGUCCUUUGCCUCAAAAUGUCGUAAUAUUUCUUCUGGCUUGACAUUCAACUCUCGAUGUGGAAAUGUGAAAAGAAAUGUUGUUGAUCCGGUUAACUGCUUAUUCUCUUAAUCCAUUCAGUCUUAAUCCAAAAGUUCCUUGUAGCUGUUAAGGGAACUUUCUCUUGUACUGUAUAGAGGAAAAAUCUAUUUUUUUCCUGACCCCAGCUGUUAUUGGCUGAAUUUCACUCUCACCCUCCCUGUGAUGUGAUGCUCAUUGUUGGGGCAUUUAGCAAUAUUUUUAUUUUACUUUUUUGAAGCUGUGAAUUGGACUGUAUACUGCUGCAGAAGGCAUCACUGUACUGUAUAACUUUAGGACUAACGUGUUUUUGCUUGCAACUAACUAGUAAAAACUUUCCUGUUAAGUUUUA